AUCCUCAAACAGGUGCAAUCCUCCACAAUUAAAAAAAAAAAAAAAAAUACAUUUUUCCUCUGGUGGCUCUGAGCGUGAGGGCGGGGUCAGCCCAGGCGUCACGUGGUUGCGUUUUACAGGCGGACGGGAGCGUGAUUGGACAGACUACCUGCCAAUCAUCGACUCUUAACGGCGUCUGGCUGUGACGUCACGCGCAGGGUGCAGCCUCCCGUGUGCAGAUAUAGAACAGCGCUGAUUUUUUUUGUUUGUUUUUUGUUUUGUUUUUGCGCACAGAGGACCGAGCGUCGCUGUUUGUCCGUCAGAGGAAGUUAAGCGUCUUCUGUCCACUCACAAAACUGUGCGGAAACUUCUCUUUUCAUAGUUUUUUUUUUUUUUUUUUUUUUUUUUGAACUUCACAGCCGAAGAUUCAUGAACGUCCGGAACUUCCGCAGGUUUCCACACCUGGAUUAACGACCAAACACUUUUUGAGUCUUUUUUUUUUUUUUUUACACCCAUACAAGGAAAGAUUUUUUUCCCCCCACUUUUUCCUGCUAAAAUGUUGUGGAAAUUAGCCGACAACGUCAAAUAUGAGGAUGACUGUGAGGACAGACACGACGGCAGCAGCAAUGGGAACCCGCGGCUGCCUCACCUCCCGGCGGUCACUCAGCACCUCUACAGUCCGUCCCCGGCGCUCUCACACUCCACCACCUCGGACUUCCAGCCGCCCUACUUCCCGCCGCCCUACCAGCCGCUGUCCUACCCGCAGUCCGGAGACCCGUACUCCCACCUGGGCGACCCGUUCAACAUCAACUCUAUACACCAGCCCCCGUCCUCGAACCAGCAGCAGCCAUGGCCCGGCCGUCAGGGCCAGGAGGGGCUGGGGGCCCACGGCAGGACCGGGUUGGCGAGUCAGAUCCUCGGCCUGGACGGAGGCUCGUCCGGGGUGAGGAGGGAAGGCUUCCGAAGACCCGAGCUCAUGCCCCAGCACGCGCACAGCAUGGACACGCCUGUGAUCGGCGAUAAUAUGAACAUGCACGACAUGGGACACGGGCUGGAGGAGGUCCAACAUGUGGACGACCACAGUAUUAUUAUGGCAGAUCAGACGGUCAUCAAAAAAGUAUUAGGACUACGAGGUGGCAGGAACCUUGAUCGCUUACAGAGGACUUAUUAUGAGGGUCCCAUCAUGCUACCCAAAGGUAACACUCUGGGGCUUCCCUUCCAGAAGGAGUCCUUGCUCGGGAUGGUGUCAAACCCCACAGAGGUCUUCUGCUCCGUGCCUGGCCGCCUUUCUUUGCUGAGCUCCACCUCAAAGUACAAAGUCACAGUGGCUGAAGUCCAGAGACGUCUGUCACCCCCAGAGUGUCUGAACGCGUCGCUGCUGGGAGGCGUUUUACGCAGGGCAAAGUCAAAAAAUGGCGGUCGAUCGCUGAGAGAAAAGCUGGAUAAGAUUGGGCUCAACCUGCCUGCAGGAAGAAGGAAGGCGGCUAAUGUCACUCUGCUUACCUCACUAGUCGAAGGUGAAGCUGUACAUUUAGCAAGAGACUUUGGUUAUGUAUGUGAGACAGAAUUUCCUGCAAAGGCAAUUGCCGAGUACCUCAGCAGGCCGCACGUGGAACGCAGCGAGGUUAACUCUCGUAAGAACAUGCUCCUUGCUGCCAAGCAAAUCUGUAAGGAGUUCACUGACCUGCUUACUCAGGACCGCUCCCCUCUGGGAAACUCUCGGCCAGCGCCCAUCCUGGAGCCCACAAUCCAAGGCUGCCUGACCCACUUCAGCCUCCUCACACACGGCUUUGGAUCUCCGGCCAUCUGUGCUGCUAUGACCUCGCUUCAGAACUACCUGAACGAGGCUAUCAAACAAGUGGACAAGAUGUACAUGAGUUCCGGGAGCGACACCCAGGGGUCCUCAGACAGUGGGAGCAAAUCGACCGACAAACUGGACAAGCACAGGAAAUGAGGGCUCGGAGGAUAAUCCAUAUGGACUUUACAAUGUCCGAUUCCCUCAUCUCCAGCCUGUCUGCCCUUUUUUUUUGUUGUUGUUGUUUGGACGUUUGACAUCAAUAUGUAGUAUUUUCACUCUGUGAGAGACGAGUUUGUGCACACAAUAGAAUUUGCAUCCUUUUUAUUUUCUAAGAGCUCCUCAGAGCUUGUGUGCAUUAUAUGAAAUAUCAGCCCGCAUCUGCCGUGAACAGCCGCUGACUGACUCUAAGAUCAACCCUCUCAGGGUGGACCACACGCCACAGCGUACAUAGCACUGUGCAGCCCAGUUGCUAUUGUACCGAUGCUACAGCUGUGGGUCCUGCACACUGAAGAGCAGAACAGGAACAAAUUACAUUCAGAUUUUUAUUUUUUCUUUUCCUCCCCUCCUUGGAGGACAUCAUUUCAAGAUGAGCUGCUGUGGCUUCGAAUUCUUCUCAGCUUUCCUCCCCUCCUUCCCUGUCUAGAAGCAAAUCCACUGAUUUCCUGUCUCGACGGAAUUGCUUUUUUUGUAUGAGAAAGGGAGAAGAAGACAGUUAUUUUGUAUGACCACUUCAAACUGUUUUCAGUGUUAUUGUGCUUUGUUCCCGACAGUUGGUUCAAAUCUUACGUAGGCUCGAACUGGAAACAUCUAGUUCCGGUUUGUGCGUAUGUUUUCGCUCAGAAACCAGAGAGUUUAAAGAAGGUUUAGGACAGAAGCCCCUUCAGUGUUCAUACAGCCAUUCUUACUGCAUCUUUAAAACCUGGCAGACUGUAAAAUAUAACUUUAAUGGUUGUGUUAUGAAUUGGUUUUCCUUUGUAUUUAAAAAAAAAAAAAAAAAUUAUCAGCAUACCAACCAGUUCAGUCCUGCCGGAGUGUGUGUGUGUGUGUUGUGAGAAUGUGUGUAAAUGUACAUACUUUCUUUUAAAGUGUUUUUAAUUAGACAUUAAAUCCAAAAAAUAACUUUUAUCCGGAGUCAUGUCCUGGCUGUAAAUAUUUUCUUAUUUAUGUCAUAAUUUAACGGGCUUUUGUAAAUAAUGGUUUUAUUCUGGUGUUUGGUUUAACUUUUGAUGAUGUGUUAAACUUCUAUAAAUGUUUUUUUUUUUUUUUUGACAUUUAGAGGUUAGGAAGUGGGCAUGACUUUUUUUUAUUAUUAUUAUGUACAGAACUGGAAAAAAAUAAAAUCAACUCAAGUUCUA